UUAGAAACCGUCUAGAAAGUACGACCCCUUUCUCAGAUUCGCUUAGAUUCAUUCGAUCACUCGGCAAAUUACGAGGGCUCGGCCCCUGCAAGACUCGAGGUAGGCCGCCCCGCAGGACACGCGUGCUCUCCAGGCAGGAUGCUGCCUACCUAUCAGGCGCUAUGAGACCUAGCGUUGGCGUUAGCCGAACACGGCCGGUCACGGGCGCACUGUCUGUCUGGACGAGGACGAUGAUUUUUGUUGGACGGAGUUAAAUAACAAUCUUCUGAUUUUUACGUUUUGUCUGCUAAUUGUUGAAUGGCGAGUACAGUCGAGAGGCAAUUUACUCAAUAAAAUAAAAUCAGGAGAAAAAAUCAGAAAAAGGAAAAAAACGAAAACAAUCUAGAAAAACGGAAAAAUCUAUGUACGCUUGAAUCUUCAUGGUGGUAACCCUUGAGUACCGGGUGAUUCCUGCGUCUUCUCUGAAUCACCCGGUACAACGUCUUGGUGUGUCUGCAGGCUGCGGCGGCCGGCUGACGGCCCCGUACGGCGCGCUGCACUCGCGCAACUACCCGCAGAACUACGGCCCGGAGGACGACUGCGUCUGGAGCAUCGAGGUGGCCGAGGGCCACGCCGUGGAGCUGGAGCUGCAGGACCUGGACAUCUACGCCAGCCUCGCCGAGCGGCGCAGCGGCAACUGCUCGGGCAGCUUCCUGCAGGUGAUCGACGGCGCCGACCUGGAGGGCCGCGAGCUGCUGCGGACGUGCGGCGGCGGGCUCCCGGACAACAGGACGCUCACGUCCACGGCCAACAAGAUGACGGUGCGGAUGAAGUCGGACGGCGCGCGCUCGUCCAAGGGCUUCCGGGCGACGUACGCCACCGUGUGCGGCUCGACCAUCGUGACGGCCUCAAGCGGCGUCAUCACCUCGCACGACGCCAUCAACGUCCAGGGCAAGAACGCGAACUGCUCCUGGACCGUGAUCGCCGAGGACCCGGCCGACCACGUGACGCUCACCAUCGGCACGCUGACCGUCAGCCACCUGGACUUCAGCGAAGGCGAGGAGGACUGCUCCUCGAACAACAACGUGGAGGUGUGGGAGGGCGUGGACUCGACGGGCGUCCUCCUGGGCCGCUACUGCACGGGCCGCGUCCCGCCGGCGCUCACGAGCCGCGGCUCGGCGCUGCACAUCGUCAUGGUGUCGCCCUUCAACAGCUUCCACGGCUGGUUCUCAGCCUCGUACUCCGUCCUCAGCUCCGCCUGUGGCGGUACGUUCUCCGCCGAGCGCGGCUCGUUCGCGAGUCCCGGGUACCCGGCCAGCUACCCUCCCGGGUCCGACUGCGUGUGGACCGUGACCUCGGCGCCAGGUAACCUGGUGCAGAUGAGCUUCUCCCUCUUCAACCUGGAGUCGUCGUGGGGCUGCUUCGACGACUUCGUGGAGGUGCGCAAGGAGAGCGCCAUGGGCCCUCUCGUCGGCGUGUACUGCGGGGACGAGCGGCCGUCCAACCUCACCGCCGCCCACACGCUGUGGGUCAAGUUCAGGAGCAACGCGCAGGGCACUGCCCCCGGCUUCCUGGCAGAUUUCGCCCUGGGUACGUCCACGAGGAAAUGGAAACGUGCGGGCUACUUUCCUAUGGGCCAUGUUUGCAACUUUUGUCACGAUGCUCUCCACAGUGCACGGGAACCUGGACAUCACCGGCCGCAGCGGCGAGAUCGCGUCCCCUCUCUACCCCUCGCUGUACGCCCAGAGCGGCGACUUCGAGUGGCGCGUCACCGUCGACACGAAGAAGGCCGUCAUCCUCGACGUGAAGAGCCUCAGCACGGACCGCUUUGGCGUCGACGACUGCGACGACGUCUAUCUGGCGAUCCACGACGGCUUCGACGCCACGACGCCGCAGCUGUACAAGGACUGCGGCGCGGCGCUGCCCAGGGCCGUCACCACCACGUCCAACGUGGCCUUCGUCCGGCUGCACAACUACCCCAUCCGCCGCGCCACCACCUUCCUGCUGGCCUGGCGCGAGGUGGACCGACCCGACGGGAGCGCGACGACGGUCGAGGCCGGCGCCAACAACUGCAGCUCCACGAUCCACCUGCCGGCGGGCGGCAGCGUCAACGUGUCGAGCCCGGGCUACCCGGGCGGCUACGGCAGCAACGAGAACUGCACCUGGGUCCUCGACACGGACCCGGGCUGGCACCUGGCCGUGCUCUUCAGGGACAUGGACCUCGAGGACACGGCCGAGUGCUACAGCGACCGGGUCGAGGUGGCGAGCGGCGAGCGCGGCGGCCUCGAGUGGAAGACGCGCUUCAAGCUGUGCCAGCCCAGCGCCAUGUUCAACGACUCGUUCUUCACCACCAACUUCAUGCGCCUCAACUUCGUCUCGGACUGGGGCACGAACGGCACGGGCUUCGCCGGCACGGUGUACUCGGGUAAGCAGAGCUUCUCCCCAAACAAGUAACGGCACUUCACAAAAGAAAAAAAAAUAAUCCGUGUA